AUGGCCGCAGUCAAAGCUUCAGCUCUAUUUUCCGCAUGUGUUCGUCUUGGAGAUCAAGCUGGAAGAAUCAUAAGGAACGUUUGAAAUAGCAGAAGUCUCAACACUUUUGACAAAUCCUAUGACAAUCCUUGCACAGCUGCAGAUUUAGGCUCCCAAAAGAUUAUAUCAGCAACUUUACUCAGAUAUUUUCCUGGGCUACAAAUAAUUGGUGAGGAAACAAUUGAAAUUAAUGAAAACGAGUAAGAUCUACGUAGCUCAGUUGAAAUUGAGCCAGAACCUUUGGAAUUAUUCUCUAGUUCUGAUAGAGAUUUAGACAUUCAGCGAAUUACCAUAUGGAUUGACCCCUUAGAUGGGACGAAAAAUUUUGUAAUGGGAGAUUUGGAAGGAGUUACUACUUUAAUUGGGGUGGCCUAUGACGAAAAUCCAAUUUUUGGAGUCAUUCAUCAACCAUUUGGAGAGAAUUGUCCUUCUUAUUUUGGAGGAGUGGAUGUUGGAGUUUGGUACAAAACAUCUUCAAACAUUUCACAAUUCAUUCCAAGCCUUUCAAAUGACUUUUCAAUUGCUUCAUCUAGACUUCAUAAAUCAGCGCAGGGAAAUGCAUUAUUGGAAUUUUUACAUCCUGACCAAGUUAUAUAUGCAGAUGGCUGCGGAUUUAAAUCGAUUCUUGUUCUUAGAGGACAAGCAUCAAUAUAUUUGGUAGAUUCUCCUUUUACUUCUAAAUGAGAUAUAUGCCCAUCGGUAGCUAUCAUGAGAUCACUAAAUGGCUAUAGUGUUGAUCUGAAUGGAAACAGCUAUCGCUUUGAUAAAGAAACGAGUAAGGCUAAUUCAAAUGGGAUCAUUAUUACACUGAAUCAAUCUCAUUUAAACAGAAUUAUUGAAGGAUGGAGAAAUUUUGAUAGAAGUAAACUAUAA